UACUUGGAAGAACCAGCAAUAACAUAACGUUUUCCUCGCACCUUCGCGCGCGCGUCUUCUCAUCAGAUUACUAGCCACGUAUCCACGUAUCUCGUGAAUACACGGGCUCUGCUCACAGGACGGCGAUUAUCGAGACUCGACGACGGCUGCUGAGCAGCCAGCAGCAGCGAUAGCGCAACGCGGGGCGUAUGUAGCGCGCGGCGUAGUCUGCGUAGACACCGCCCAACUGGCUGUUGUGGACAGAUGACAGCCAAGGUGUCGUCGGUGGUCGCUCUACCGCUGUAUCCGGAACCACGCUUGGUGACUUUUGAACCGGUAGUGCCAAUGGACCAGCCCGUGGAAAGGCUACUGCCGGGCACUAUCAUCGACCUCUCGGGCCAUGUUCUCGGCAGUCCCAAGAGGUUCAGCAUCAACCUCGUGACAGCCACUGGCGACAUCGCGUUGCACGUGAACCCGCGUUUCGACGUCGGCAACACGGUGUUCAACACGUUCCGCAACGGCGACUGGGAAGACGAGGAGACAGUCGAGCACCUGCCUGUGCAGCAGGGACAAAAUUUUGAGGCCAUGAUACUCGUCGAGGAGAUGGGCUACAAGGUGGCCUUCAACAAAAACCACUUUGCGGACUUCAAGCACCGGCUGCUGUACAGCAUGGUGGAACGACUCAAGGUGGACGGCUGUGUCACCAUCCACCGCGUCGAGCAGCGGCCACCCCUCGGUGCCCUGAUGCCCCCCAUGGAGGGCUUCCAGCAGCCGGAACAGCCACUGGCAAAUGAGCCGACCGUUGUGUACAACCCGCCGACGCCCUUCCUGCACAUGUUGCCUGGUGGCCGCCUGGCACCAGGACUGAUGGUGUAUGUCAGCGGCCGGCCACACAGCGAGGCCACCUCGUUCUCGCUGAACUUCCAAUGCGGCGGCCUAGGCUCGGACAUUGCGUUCCACUUCAACCCGCGCUUCCAUCGCAAGGAGAUGGUGCGCAACAGCUUCCAGGAUGGUGACUGGGGAACUGAGGAGCGCAAAUGCCAUGGUUUCCCCUUUGCCCCCGGGGUGCACUUUGACAUUCUCAUCCGGGUUUUGGAUGCCACCUAUGAUGUGGCCGUCAAUGGCCAGCACUAUCUGCAGUUCCAGCACCGGCUGCAGCCACUUCAGCGCAUUAGCCACUUCAGCGUGGAGGGCGACGUGCUGCUGGCAGCUUGCAAGUUUCAGUACUGCUGAAGCUGUUACUGAAAGGCUCAACGUAAAAUGCUAAUAACUUGUUAAACCUGAAUAAAGAUCUAGUCUUGACAUGUUAAUAAAAUACCUGUUAGAAUAAACUCCACGUAUGUUUGGC